UUCUUGUGCUCUGAUACUACUUAUUACCGGCCAGUUUUUCUUUACAGCUCGCAGAUGGUACUGAAAGUUUAUGGUCCAGUUAGGGCAGCCUGCCCCCAGAGGGUGAUGGUUUGCCUUUUGGAGCUAGGGGUUGAGUUUGAGAUUGUGCCUGUUGAUCUUCAAGCAGGAGAGCAAAAGCAACCUCACAUUCUUGCUCGACAGCCAUUUGGGCAAGUUCCAGCAAUCGAAGAUGGCGAUUUCAAGCUUUUUGAAUCUAGAGCUAUCGUAAGAUACUAUGCGGCUAAGUAUGCAGAGCGUGGUCCUAACCUGCUAGGAACAACACUGGAGGAGAAGGCACUGGUGGAUCAAUGGCUCGAAGUCGAAUCACACAACUUCAACGACUUGGUUUUCACUGUGGUACUUCAACUUGUGAUCCUUCCCAGCAUGGGCCAACCUGGCGACUUGGCCUUGGUGCGCUCUUGUGAAGAAAAACUGAAAAAGGUAUUCGAUGUGUAUGAGGAGAGACUGUCCAAGAGCACCUAUCUGGCCGGAAACUACUUCAGUUUGGCUGAUCUGAGCCAUCUUCCGGCGAUUCGGUUUCUGGUUGACGAGUUCAAAAUGGGACAUUUGAUCACGGAGAGGAAGAAUGUGAAUGCUUGGUGGAAAGAUAUUUCCAAUAGGCCUGCAUGGAAGAAACUUAUGAAGCUUGCUCAAUACUAGUCAGCUAGCUAGAGCUACUACUGCUCGAUCACCAUGGUCAUAUCACACCCUGCAUGCAUCUGUGACAGAGAAAACAAACCAUGAGUGUAACAAUCAAUUCAGAACAUAAAUGACUGCCUAGGAUCAUGUCUUUUGCGAGUCUCUUCAUAUUUGAAGAAGAAGAUUGAAUAAGGAUUUUUCAUAAUUUUUCUUCUUUCUGUACUUUGCUUUGAUCAAUAAUUAAUUACUUUGAGAUGAAAU